UCCGGAAACAAAAAUUUGGAAAUCUUUAGAUUAUCCUCAUGGAGAAUAUAUUAAACAUUUUAUUGGAGAGGUUUUCUUAGAAAAUGUUAAAAAAGUACGAGGUGAUAAGAUAUUAGAAUGGCAUUAUGAUACCGGUAUCACUAAGACAAUGGAUGAAAUUUAUCGAGAUUCUAUAACAGUGGCCAUCAAUCUACAAAGAUUGGGUGUUAAGAAAGGUGAUGUAGUGGUAUUCUAUUCUAUGGUUAAUAGUAAAGUAAGCAGUUUAGCCAUGGGUGCUUUAAUGCUGGGGGCAGUGGUUAAUUUUUUUGAGACCACUUUUUCAAGAGAUGCUGCUAAGUACACUUUGAAUUUAUUAAAUCCUUGUGUUUUACUAUAUGAAGAAAAAUUUAAAUCUGCCAUUUUGGAUGUAAUGAAAGAUAUUAAGCUGCCUUGUUUGAAGUACCAAAUUUCUAUUGAUGGCAAAUCUGGUGUGAAUGUAGAUAAUGUUUUAUUCAAAAACAUUUCCUCCUUUACCCAAAACAACUUUCGCCUGCCAAAUUUGGGAGAUCCUUUAAUGCAAACCGCCGUUUUAUUAUUCACCUCAGGCUCAACAGGUUUGCCUAAAGCAGUAGCUCUCAGUCAUGCUCAAAUGUUACAUGGUGUAAUUUCUUUUUGGACUCAACCUAAUGGAAAAUCUUUAUUAAAACCGGAUUCAAUAAUAUUUUCUUUAAGUCCUAUACGUUGGAUAAGUCAAGUGGACUUGAUGCUACAAUCCCUACUGUUAGGCAUAAAGAGAGUUUAUGCCAGUGGUUUCUCGGCAGGAGAAUAUGGCCGAGAAGUUGUAAGAAAGGGUAAAGUGACACACUUCUUCAGCCCUCCCUCAGUAUUUAAAGAGAUUAUACUCUCUAUUGAACCAUUUGACCUAGAUGCUUUGAGUUCGGUAAAAUUUAUCUAUUUGGGUGGAGAAGAUCCUGGUCAAACUGUAAUAGAUAUGGCUAGAAAACUUGCCCCUCAGGCCACCAUAAUGCGUUGUUAUGGUAUGACAGAAUUGGCCGGAUUGGCAUGUUGUGAUCAACAUAUCAACGGGGGCUAUAUAGUGCCGGGUGUAGAAAUUAAAUUAUUGGAUGAUAACUUAAAACCUGUGGGACCUAAUGAAAAAGGACAACUGUGUUUUCGUUUUCCUAUGCCCUUCUUAGGUUAUCAUAAAAUCGAUAAUAGCAAAAUUUACUACAGUGAUGGUUUCCUUAAUACUGGAGAUUAUGGUUAUAUGGAUGAUGAAAAAGCUUUACAUGUCUUAGCUAGAUAUAAGGAUUUGGUUCGAACCAAAGAGGUUAUAUUAAUACCCAGUGAAGUAGAGAAAUUAGUUUGUACUCUCUCUAGUAUUUUUGCCUCAACAUUAGUGGGUUAUCGUACUUCCAAUACGGAUGUUGAGGAUAAAGGAGCUUUGUAUAUUGUUAAACAAUUGCAAAAUACGCAAGCAAAUGAAAAUGAAAAGCUAAAAUCGACUACAUUGAUGAUGGAGGAAAUGGCGGCGGGACAAAACCAGGAAAUAGAAAAUGAAGUGCUAAAAGUUGAAGUUAAAAAAUUACUAGAAAAACAUUUGAAAUGCAAUGAAUCGUGUAUAAUACGCCUCGUUAACAUUAUUGAAAAACUUCCACUGACGUCAUGUGGAAAAGUGGAUAAACCAGCUUUAAUUCAAUUGGCAAAAUCAUUAGAUAUGGAGUAAUUAGCGGUUUAUUGGGUAUUAAGAGGGAAAUGUUUAAACAUAUGUACCUUAACGUAGAGGAAUUUCUAGUUGGAAAAUAUUUAUUCAUUCACAUGUGCAAGUUUAAUGAAAUGUUAAGAGGAGGUUUUGAUGUUGUUCGACUUUUAAACAAAAAGUAAUACAGUAUUUGAUUAUUAUUGGUCCCAAUUGGGCUAUUAUUAUUUUUAUUAGUAAAAUAUCAUUUAGCAUUAUUUAUCGCCAGCUUUACAAACUUCACAUAUUUAAAGUUUAUUCAAUUUUUUGAAAUUUUUAUUAAAUAAAUAUUUUUUUCUUAA